GGGAGACCAGGCUCGGCGCGCGCUCCGCGGCGCACACGCUCCAGCCGGUGCGGUUCUGGGCGCGGAUUCGCGGGCUGCGCGCCCUCUUGCACCUUCGGUCCCGGCGCCCAAGCCGCCCGGUCCGGCCCCGCAGCCAGCAGCUCCUGCGUCAGCACCAGGUGUAUCUCCCUGCAUUGUGAUCUGUCUAGGAGACUGUACAGAGAACCGAGGGUCCCUGUCCAUAUUUGCAGCGUGUGGACAGCGGUGGCGACUGACUCUCCAAGGCUGGGAGCUACAGCCAAGAUAGUGGCUGGGAAGCACCAUGGCCAGAGUCCUGCAGCUCUCCCUGACUGCCCUCCUCCUGCUGCUGCCCGUGGCUCUUGCUAUGCACUCUGACUGCAUCUUCAAGAAGGAGCAAGCCAUGUGCCUGGAGAAGAUCCAGAAGGCCAACGACCUGAUGGGCCUAAAUGAGUCUUCCCCAGGUUGCCCUGGCAUGUGGGACAAUAUCACAUGUUGGAAGCCUGCUCAAAUAGGUGAGACAGUCCUUGUGAGCUGCCCUGAGGUCUUCCGGAUCUUCAACCCGGACCAAGUAUGGAUGACAGAAACCAUAGGGGAUUCUGGGUUUGCCGAUAGUAAUUCCUUGGAAAUCACUGACAUGGGGGUCGUGGGCCGGAACUGCACAGAGGAUGGCUGGUCAGAGCCUUUCCCCCAUUACUUCGAUGCUUGUGGGUUUGAUGACUAUGAGCCUGAGUCUGGGGAUCAGGAUUAUUACUACCUGUCGGUGAAGGCCCUCUACACAGUCGGCUACAGCACUUCCCUCGUCACCCUCACCACUGCCAUGGUCAUCUUGUGCCGCUUCCGGAAGCUGCACUGCACCCGCAACUUCAUCCACAUGAACCUGUUCGUGUCUUUCAUGCUGAGGGCUAUCUCUGUCUUCAUCAAAGACUGGAUCUUAUAUGCCGAGCAGGACAGCAGUCACUGCUUCGUCUCUACUGUGGAAUGUAAAGCUGUCAUGGUUUUCUUCCACUACUGCGUGGUAUCCAACUACUUCUGGCUGUUCAUUGAAGGCCUGUACCUCUUCACACUGCUGGUGGAGACCUUCUUCCCCGAGAGGAGAUAUUUCUACUGGUACACCAUCAUCGGCUGGGGAACGCCUACAGUGUGUGUGACUGUGUGGGCUGUGUUGAGACUCUACUUCGAUGACGCAGGAUGCUGGGAUAUGAAUGACAGCACAGCUUUGUGGUGGGUGAUCAAAGGCCCUGUGGUUGGCUCUAUAAUGGUUAACUUCGUGCUUUUCAUUGGCAUCAUCAUCAUCCUGGUGCAGAAGCUGCAGUCUCCAGACAUGGGAGGCAAUGAGUCUAGCAUCUACUUCAGCUGCGUGCAGAAAUGCUACUGCAAGCCACAGCGGGCUCAGCAGCACUCUUGCAAGAUGUCAGAACUAUCCACCAUUACUCUACGGCUGGCCCGCUCCACUCUGCUGCUCAUCCCACUGUUUGGAAUCCACUACACAGUAUUUGCCUUUUCUCCAGAGAAUGUCAGCAAGAGGGAAAGACUUGUGUUUGAGCUUGGGCUGGGCUCUUUCCAGGGCUUUGUGGUGGCUGUACUCUACUGCUUCCUGAAUGGGGAGGUACAGGCAGAGGUGAAAAGGAAAUGGCGGAGCUGGAAGGUGAACCGUUACUUCACUAUGGACUUCAAGCACCGGCAUCCAUCCCUGGCCAGCAGUGGUGUGAAUGGGGGGACCCAGCUGUCCAUCCUGAGCAAGAGCAGCUCCCAGCUCCGCAUGUCCAGCCUCCCGGCCGACAACUUGGCCACCUGAGCCCUAUCUCCCUCCUUCUCCUGCACAGGCUGGGGCCGCGGGCCGGUGCCUGCGCAUGUUUGUGCCUCUCCCCUCUCCUUGGGCAGGCCCUGGGUAGGAAGCUGGGCUCCUCCAAGGGGGAAGAGAGAGAUAGGGUAUAGGCUGAUAUUGCUCCUCCUGUUUGGGUCCUGCCUACUGUGGUCCACUGAGCCCAAUUUGACAUGUAAAUACACCUCAGAUUUGGAAAGUUGCCCCAUCUCUCCUCCAAACCCGCACCCCUGCUCACCUAGCUCUACCCACUGUGUCAAGGCCAGCCUCAGUGAUGGCCUGAUCCCAGGUACAAGGCCUUGUGAGCUGAGGCUGAAACAUGCCUGCUUUGGAGAGGCUGGGGUAGUGCUUACCCCAGCAGCCUUUCACUGAAUUGACUUUGGAUGUAGGCCCUUCUCAGCCUGUACCAAGUCCUGCAAUUGGCCAGGGAUGUAGCUCAGUGUCCUGAGCACUCUUUGGAGUAGACCAGCCUGAGGCUCCUUUUGCUUACCUGGAAUUUAGGUUGUCCAGGUGUCAGCUCCUGUGUGCCUGGGGGAUGGGAGGGCUCCAGGGCUCUUUUAAUCAAAGACUUAAGUUGGAGUGUAUGUGUGUGUGUGUGUGUGUGUGUGUGUGUGAGGGAGGGGGUGAGGGUCAGGGAAAGUUCUGGUGCUUUUCAUUUGAUCUAAGAGCUGAGAGCCAGAAAUGCAGAUUCAACUGGGAAGGAGAUGGGAUAGCUGAAGAUCCUACCACGUCCACAACUGUGCUCCUGACUCAAGACUGGAUCAUGUGGAGGCUUUAUUUCUACCCUUUUGGCCCACAGUGGAUGGUCUGAAGAAGCUGCUCUCCAGCCACAUCAAGCGCAGAGAACCCCACCCUCUCUCUUCUCCAUUUUCCCAGAAGUCAAAGCCAUGUCUAGAAUGAACCAGCCACCUUGCAGUGAAAUCAAUGAGUUCUGAAGCAACUUUCAAUUUCUGUGAGCCAAGUCUGGGUCCAGGGCUACCCACAGCCCCACCUCUACUGAUGACAAGGAACCCUACAUGCCAUCCCCAGCCUGGACUCAGUUACUAAACUCAGAUAUCUUCAAGACUUACUUCCUCUGUGUGCCCUUGACAUUUGGAUCACUUGUGGGCCUCUGAGAGUGUUUGGAGGGAACACUGUGUCUGUCAUGUGCAGGAACAGGAGAUGCUGAUGGGAGGAGUGGGGGUUCUCUAGUGCCCAUCUUGCCUCUCUGGCUGACUGUUUGCACAGCCAUAACCUAAGACUUUAAAAUAAGGCCACAUCCAGUUUUGGAAAGGUAGAGGAAAAAAACAAAACAAAACAGUAAUGCCAUGGGGCCAUGGGGCCCUGAUCAUUCCAUGUUGAUGCUUGUUCUUGUUCUGGCCUCUGUGGACUUGUUCAUGGUCGUGCUCUGGAAUGCAUGGGGAGUGUGGGAUGCUGUCUUCUUGCUUGCUGUUGUAUUAUGCAGAAGGGGUUCUACGAGAUUUAUGACAGUGUUGAUGGGGGAGCCGUUAGAAAGACCGGAGACUGUUGUAGUUGAUAUGAGUUAGAGAUGAAGUCUGUGUUUUUGGCUGGUGAAGUAAGUUCUUGGGUCUUCAGCAAAGCCAGAAGGAGUAUGCACCUCCAUGUUCUUUUCCAGAAACAUUUAGUGGCUUGGACCACUGAGUAUACAUUGACCCUUUCCUCCUGCAUCUUAUCUCUUACCACCAUCCCCUCCCCUGUUCCCAGAACCAUGUUAUCAGCCAAACAAGAAAAUCAGUUGAUCACCUUGCACUUUGGACAGUUAUAGGGAGCCUGAGCCAUUUAGAAGAGCCUUGGUCCAGUAUUCCAGCUGGGCUCAUGACUGUGAACACAAUGUGCCGUGUGCCAGGCCACAGCUACCUUGUUUAUGAAAUGAGGUUGUUUCUAGUGCUUCUCUGGAUUCUGUAUUAGUCAAAAACUAAGGCAGGCAAACAGAGAUGUAUCCUUGUGUAUAUCAUCUAAGGUGUGUAUGUGGGGGGGUAUGACAUGCUGUUUAGUUUCCCAUUUGGAUACCACAGUACAAGAUGGUAGAGCACUGGCUAUGGUCAUUUGAAUGGGACCUCAGGCAUUUUGUGCAGAGCUAGCCUUCUAUUCCUGGCAGGGACAGGUUGCCUGUGGCACACUCCAUCCAAGGUGCAGCCCUUGGGCUACAAACCCCAUUCACUUGUCAUCACCCCCACCAGUGGGUCUGCUUCACUGUGGAAGAAGAAACUGUGACUUUCUAGUUGCAAAACAACAAAAAACCAGAUCAACCCUGAGCCCCCACUGCUUCCUGAGCCCCUGCUGCUGCUUCCUGAGCCCUGGGCCUGGGCCCUAGUUCAAGUUCCAGGUUCCUGUUGCUUUGUUUUCCUGUCUGAAAGAAUUUUUUUUUUGCUAGUCUUGUGAGAAGAUGGGCCUGAAGGAUUGUGCAUGUUCCCAGGUGGGUCUGACUUUUAGGCCACCGUCAGUGAAGAGAUAGCAUGAGGCUGGGUAAAGCCCUUCCCCUUUGACUCUCUUACAUAUAUAGUGCAAGCAAUAAGACUUACUGAUUUGUGUGUAGGCCAGUGUACCACUGGGGUUCUGUCUAAAACCAACCAUCUUCUUUUGGAAUAGGCCCAGGCAAGAGUUGUAGUAGUGUAGCCUGGACCCAGAAAAGGGAAAGCUAUUAAGAAAUCCUGUCUGGCAGGUAAAAAGAGCUUCUUGAACUUGGAAACCUCAAGACAGGAGCGUAGCAGUUCCAUGGGGCACCCAGCCUGUGAAGGAUCAUUUCUGGGAAGUAGGGUGUUGUUCUAGGAAACCCUAAAGGCCAAAUCUCAUCUCAUGAACAACCCAGCUUAGGGGAUGAGGACAUCCCUGUCUUGUCCUUGUCUCCUGUCAUGACUGUCCAGCUAUAGGGUAAGCAGCAGAUUUCAGGAGAGGGGAUAGUCUUUAGAACAUGGGAUUAUGUAAGAGGAAUGCUGAGGCUGCCAGAAAGACAGAUUUGUGGGUGAGUCUUGGGAUCCACCAUACUUUGGUCCUGACUACACUCUCAGUGGACAGUGAUGAGGUUGUCCUUGACAUGAUCAGCAGCCCUUGGUGGGUCCUUUCCUAACCCUUCUCUUCCUCAGACUGACGUCUCUGGGGAGUUGGAAUGGAGCUUGGUCAGCAUACUGGUGCUUGGUCGCCCAGCACCAGGGGCUCUGCUAUUUGGUCUGUACCCCCUCUUCCUUGGAGGGAAAGCUGUGAGAGACUCCCUUUUGGAUUCCUUGAAUACCCUUUACCCCAUACAAAGAGAAGGCAGUGAGUAUCAUGUCAAAUUCCACUUGAGCCUAGGGAGCUGGAAACCAGCUCAUGAGGCAACAGGUAUGCCUAGCAUGUUUUUGAAUGAGAAUGUGGCCCUACCAGUAUUGCCUAGCCUUGCGUGAGCCAGAUGUAACACUUCAAGCAAGCAGACAUUGAAUGCAGUGUAUCUUUUGAAGGAGUGGAAGAAAGACUAGUUGUUCAUGCUACAGUGCAGGAGAAGCAAUGGAGUUGGUAUAAAGAUAGAAGGAACUUGGCUCUCUCCAUCUGUUCUGGGACUCCAUACCUCCUCAUCCUCAACCCCUAAUCUGCAAUGAGGUAGCCAUGGUUGCAUCAUCAUCUAUCCCCUAGCUAGGAAUGGAAACGAAAUGCUCCCUGUGACUUUAUAAACUCUGAAAACAACACAGCUGUGUGCUCAUUCUUAGGGUGUAGACUCUGAAAGGUAUCCUUCUUGCAGCUUAUCUUCUGCUUUGAGCACUCUUAAGUUAACCUUUAUCCUGUUUGUAAAACCACCAGCACUGAGGGUGAGGAUGAAACCACAGGGCUCUGGUGGUCACUGAAUUCCAGCUUUAUCUUCAUCACUUUAUUCAGUUUGCUUUGAAGGUCAGGAUGGCGAGAACUCUGAGUGCUGUGAGCAUCUCUGUGCCAUCUCUCCUGGCAUCCUUUAAGGGUAUGGGACAUUCCUCAAGAAUUGGCCAAAUGCCCAUUCUUCUUCCUCUCCCUGAACUCCAGAUCCUGUGGUGUCUGUACUAAGCCACGUGUGUCUCGUCUGCUGUCUGUCUUCUGAGGCUUAGCGUCUGUCAGGGUGUUUCAGCCCUUGGUACUUCAGACGUGGCUCCAGGCCCACUCAUGGGAGCUGGACCAGUCUGAGUUUAAUUUCCCACAAUAAAGAUAAAUCCCACGGACCUCACUGCUACCGCUGCCUCCAUCAAUGCUGUGCUCUCACCUUGUCUGGGAUUUUAAGGAUGUCAAACUGCUGUAGAUGACUCAAUAAAUGUCUUAUCAUUUUU